AUGAGGGUUUCAAGUCUCGUUCUCGGGGCUUUUGUCCACGCUAACGAGGAUGCAGGAGAUGACAUCAUCUACACCGGUUGCCAAGCCGUCGCGCUCCGGAGCCAACCUGGCUGGGAAAACGUCGAGCUCAAGACCGACGGGAGCAAGUGCGUGGCAGGCAAGGGCAGGGCCGUGACGACUUCUCAGCGAUGGGAUCAGCACCGAAACGAAACGACGGGCAAGUGGAUCGUCCCCUAUUACUUCAGCGAAGGGUACGAGAACCUCUCCCACGGGGGCCACAGCGGCGUCGACUCCAUGAAUGGAAUCCGCGACCAUCUUCGACACUUCGAAGAGCUCACCUGCAUCCAGAUGAAAGAACUGACGACGUCGGAGGACUUCAACACGUACACCAAUCGAAUUCGCGUUUUCUGGAGCACGAGCGAAAGUUCCAACUGCGCCAGCUACAUCGGGCGAGUUUUCGGCGGAGACCAGACGAUGUGGAUGCGACCAGAUUGCUACACCUGGAACGGCGGAACCACAACGAACCACGAGUUCAUGCAUGCCCUUGGCUUCAAGCACGAACACGUCCGGCCUGAUCGAGAUAAUCACGUGGUCAUUCAUUCGAGCCUCGCUUCGAAUGGCAAUUACGUCAAGAUGUCAACGAGCCAAUGGCAGGAUGUCAGCUCUCCUUACGAUUUCAACUCGAUUCUUCACUACUACUCCAGCUGGCAAGGCGAUGGAUAUUCCAUCGGUCUCCCUCCAGAUGGCCAACAAGCUGCUCCAGUGAGCCGAACCUAUCCAUUCUCUGAGCAGGAUAUCGCCCAGUUGAGAGCUGUCUACCCAUGCGACGAUGUCGACCCUUGCGAUCCGAACCCAUGCCCUUCUGGACAAAUCUGCAGUGCCGGCACAACUGGCCAAGCAGUUUGCAAGUGCCCUCAAGGCUCCGUCCUCAACGCUGCUGGAGGAUGUCAGGUCGUCGGUGGCAUCGUUGUGGAAGAAAAUUCCGAUGUCGUCAAUUUUGCCGGAAUCAAAGUCCGCCGCAGCCCGAUGGUAAACAUCUACGAUGCUGAUGGAAACGACAUCGAUCUCGGCAGCAACUACGACAUCGCUGCUGUUGCAGAAGUCGAAGAGUGCGGCGAAUCCAUGACCGACAACAACUGCACCAUUUGGAACAACUACGGAUAUUUUUACGGUACUUCCGCGUCGAUGAAUUACUUGACUUUCGGCGACGAAGGCAAUUACCGACUUCGAUACUUCCUCGACGACAAUGGACAGGACUCGUUCCCAGACGCUUGGGUCAUUUCUGACGAGUACGAAGUCAAGAGCUGGUACGAAGCACCUGGCUCGAUUGCGUGGCAUCGGGAUCAUUCCACGAAGCACUUCGGCGUCCCGCUCAACAUCGAAGCUGCUCUUCGAGAUGCCAAUGGAAGCGUCAUUGAUUUCGGCCCAGGACCGAGAGAUAUUCAGGCGUGUCUUUGGCUUGCCGAGCCCGGAACUGCCGGAACUUUGAACGCUGUUGACCGAAAUGAUCUCUUCUAUGAUUGCGUCAGCGCAGAUCAAUUUGGAAAUUUUGACCUAAGCAACAUCACGCUCUAUGAAGCGGAAGGUGCGAGACUUCAUGACUACAAUAACACCGCCGUUCCUCCUGGCGACUAUUUCUUCCGUCUCCAGGUCGCCGUCAUCGACAGCUGGCAGCACUGGGACAGCUGGAUGCUCGACAAGUGGAAUGACGAUUCUAUCUUCGAUUCUGGAAUUUUCACGCUGGCUCCUCUCUGUUACGAAGAAUGCCACAAAAAUGGGUUCUGUAAUGCUACUGCGACGGUUUUCAUGACCCCUGAUUGCCAAUGCAACGAUGGAUACGAAGGCGACGGUGUCGACUACUGCAUCAGGGUCAUCGACGAAUGCGCUUUCGGUGGCGUCUGUCCUGCUGGUCAAAUCUGUGUUGACAAGCUCAUCGGCUACGAUUGCGUCUGCGAGCCCGGAUUUGUCAAACACCCGGCUUUGAUGGGCUGCGUUGAUGUAGACGAGUGCGCUACUGCUAUGCACGCUUGCAACGUCGGAACCAGCUGCGAAAACACCGAUGGCGGAUACCUUUGCAAUCCCGAUUUCACUGGCGUCACCUGCGAUCCUGAAUGCGAAGAUGGUUACUUCUGCGAUGAGCUGACCGGAACAUGCGAGGAUGUUAACGAGUGCACGGCCGGAACUCACGAUUGCAAGGACUUUGAAUCGUGCAGAAAUGUCAAGGGAAAGUUCAUAUGCGACUUUGACAACUCCCAGUGCCGCGCUGAUUUGCCAAGACCAGAGUGGAAAGGGCGAAAUGGCAUGCGAUACGUCUUUGAAUCUUCGACCGGCGCGGUCAUGGCGAUGAAGCUCAAGAACAAGUUCAAAAAGGUCAACGUCCGAAACGAACUCUACACCGGCGUGAUCAUGUUCACCAAGGACGUCUGCGGUGUCGAUUUCCUCCGAGCGCUCCAAGACGGGCGGGUUCAAAUUGAACUUGUCGAUUCUUUCGCUUUGUAUCAAAUUCACGACUUCCACUACAAAAACAAGCAGAAGUAUACUGCUAUUGGCUUUACUUUUGAUCUUUUGAGCGUGGAAACUAAGGAUAUGCCCUGGGCUUUCAAGUCUGGUGUUCCAACCAAAAACAUGGGCUCCGACGAUGUCUACAUCUCUUUCACCGGCCUUGAGCUCGUCAACUGGCUGACCAACCAGGACAACUGUCUUCUACUCGGCGCUCAAGCUGCUCUCCCUUACGAAGAUUUCUCCGAACUCGAUCGAGCCUGCUUCGUUGAUUUGAAGACCUUCUGGCAGACUCCACCUCUUCCCAAUCCUUGA